AUGGUUAGAUUUGUCACCCUUCUCACUACUCUUGCUGGCAUGAGCGCUGUUAUGUGUGCUCCUACUGAUGGUGUCUCUAUUACAGUCAAGAACAACUGUGCCAAUUCUAUCCAAGUCAAUCAAUUAACCAACGAACAAGCUACUAGCGACAAAAGCUCUGUUGUCUCUGCUGGUGACUCUACUACUAUCAAUGUUGGUUCUACUUGGGGUGGUCGUAUCUGGGCAAGAGAAGGCUGUUCCGGUGAUAGCGAUUGUCAAGUCGGUGCUCCUGCUUCUCUUGCUGAAUUCCUUAUGGGCGGUGCCCUUGGUAAAGAUUACUAUGAUGUCUCCUUCGUAGAUGGUUUCAACUUGCCUAUUCAAAUCUCUGCUAACAGUGGUUCUGGCUCUGGUGCUGAAUGUGGCUCUCCUACUUGUGCUACAUUGCCCACUUGUGAUGGUGAACUCGAAUACAAGGACUCUAAUGGUAAGGCUGUUGCCUGUAAGUCUGCCUGUAGUGCUUUCUCUACUGAUGAAUACUGUUGUACUGGUUCUUUUGGUCGUGGUGUCUGUGAUGCCAACAAGUAUUCCAUCGAAAUCAAGAAUGCUUGCCCUGAUGUUUACAGUUAUGCUAAUGAUGACAGCUCUUCUAUGUAUGCUUGUCAAUCUACCGAUUAUACCGUCACUUUCUGUCCUGCUUAA